AUGGGCCGCACGCGGCUGGCAGUGAGUGUCAUCUGGACGCUCGACCCCUCCCACCACUUCGCACUCGUGGGGCCGCCUUGGUUCGGCCGAACCGUCAUCCGAUCCAACCACCAGGUGACCCGUCAUCCGAUCCAACCACCAGGCGCAGGCCAUAGCAGAUGGAGUCAUCCACUGCUGGAUGAACAUCGCGUGGCAGACGAGGCGAGGGAACGAAGGUGCACACACACACAUACCCACUCAACCCUCCUCUUCCACUCCCCCUCCGCCCCCUCCCUCCCAUCACAGCUCUCGUACGCCCAGGCAGAGGCCAUAGCAGACGGAGUGCAUCCGUUGCCAGCGGAAGUGGCACAGCACACUCACUUCUCCCCUCGUGCUCCUCUCCCUCCCUUCCUCUCCCCCUCACAGCUCUCGUACGCCCAGGCACAGGCCAUAGCAGACGGAGUGCACCUGCUGCCAGCGGAACACCGCCUGGCAGGCGGGCUGAGAGAGCUCUCGUACACGCAAGCACAGGCCAUAGCAGACGGAGUGCAUCCACUGCCAGCGGAACACCAACUGGCGGGCGGGCAGAGGGAGGUGGCUCGAGCAAAGACGUGCAUCGCCACUCUUACUGCUUUUGUUCGGCCUGAGUUGCAGGAGGAGGAAGUGAUGGAGCUCAGAGGAAGGAUGCUUACAGAGGAGGGGAGGAGGUGUGAGGCAGAGCGGGCUGCAGAAGCGGUGAAAACAGAGUUUCGGGAAGCGGGUGCUGCAGCUGCGGCCCUGGCUCGCGAGAAGGCUGCGUUGGAAGAGCAGCUUCGAGAGAUGCAGAGUCGGGAGAAGCGGGGUGAGGAGGAGAGGAGGGAGCUGGAAGAGGUUGCAGGAGCUGCGCGGCAGGGGCAGCUGGCGAGGGCGCUGGAGCUGGCAAGUGUGGAGCAGAGCUCUGGUCCCUCCUUACAUGGCUCCCUCUUCUUUCCUCCUUCCUUCUCAUUGCUGAUCCCAAGAGCUGCGGCGGCAGAGGAAGAGGGCGGGCGCGCUAUAACUGGCAAGUGCGAAGCAGAGCUCUGUUCCCUCUCCUCUUUUACUCCCACCACCACCACCCCCUUCUCAUUGCUGAUCCCAGGAGCUGCGGCGGCAGAGGCAGAGGGCGGGGGCGCUGGAGCUGGCGAAACGCACGGCUUCCCCUCCCCCCUGCGGUGCAUCACAUGCUGCUCGCCAACACUGCGGUUCCGUCCUCACCUGAACGUCCCCCCUCUGGUGGCAGAGCUCACACUGCUCGCCAACGCCGUCCCUCACUCCUAUGCAAUCCUCCUCCCUCACUCUCCAGCACUCUCUCCCUCACUUCUCCCUGUCCGCUGCCGGCCAUCAGAUGGACGCGGUGGUGGCAGAUCUCUUGGUGCCGUGCCCUCCAAUGCUGCUGUAUCCCGUGCGAUUCUCCUUCCUCAUUCGCCAGUGCCCCUCCUCCUUCUCCACUCCCCCCUGCCCUGUGCCCACCAUCAGAUGAACGCAGUGGUGGCGGAGCUCAUGGUGCUGGCCAAUGCUGCCGUCGCCCGCAAGCUCACCCGGGCCUUCCCAUCGACCGCCUUUCUGCGGCGCCACGCUCCUCCUCGCCCAAACGGCUUCCGCCAUCUCAUGCAUGUGAGGGUGGUGAGCAAUAAACCCCAUCAUCACUCCCCACCUCCCUCCCAACAGGCGCUAGCAGCGUCGCUGGCAGCAGUGAAGCACCUGGGAGACCCCGUCCUGGAUGUGAGCUCCACACCAAACCCUUCGUUGGAGUAG